AUGAUAAGACAAAACUAUAGUUUAGCUAAUGAACUAAAGGACAAGGAGAGGAAGCAACAAAGUAAAGUUCAACAACGACAAAAACGUCAGUUUAAAACAGAGAAACUAUCUGCGGCAGAUCCAAUACGAAUAUUCAGACAAAUUGAAAGACUAGAGCUGAAUAAUGAUAAGACAGAAAGAGAUUUACUGUAUUUGAAAAACCUUAAAAAUGAUUGGGAAUUUAUAAAGAAGAAUGGUUUACAUAAAGCAAAGGUUGAGUCUUUUUUGAUUCAGAAAGAACAAGAAGAAAAGGCCAAAGUGAAAGCUAAUAGUAAGCUAUGGGGGCUGAAAUCGAUAUACUUUAACCCCGAAUUGAAUCCACUUGGUAAAGUGCCGGGAGAAAACUUACUGGAAAAGCCUAUAUUUCAGUUACCAAACCAUACAAAGCCUUUGAAAUCGCAUGUGUAUACGAAUUAUGCGAAGGAUCCGCUAAUUGAUACUUUAGAACUUGUUUUACCCGAAGGAGAGCCUCCAAAAUUCUAUAAAAUGGUUCAAAAUACUCAACGAGAUAACACUACCAGUAAUGUUCCAUCUUCUAAUACAACGAAUGCUCCAAGUGCUGGUGAAGUUAUACUGUCGUCUGAAAAAGGUAUAAAUAUGCUCGUUCCAUCUGCUCUUCUAAAGAAACCAAACAAGAAAGAGUCUGAUCAUAAUAGUAGAGAAGAUGAAUACGACAAUGAAAAUGAUUUUGCGCCAGAAGAAGAAGAAUAUUUGAUAGCGAUAGGAAAACUUCCUUCGAAAAGAAGUAGAAUCAGUUAA